AUGUACACGGCAGUCUCAGGUAGGCAAACCAUGACCAUCGGCUCGUUACGUGAAAAGAGACAAGACAAGACUAAACACAAGAAGAAACCUUUGAAACCAGGGCCGCUUGUUUCCAAAAAAAAUGGCAUACCCUAUGAUUACCUUGUCAUCAUAGAUGCAGGCUCAAAAGGUUCCAGGGUUCACGUUUACAGCUGGUUGAAUCCAAAGGGAGUCUUGGAAAAUGAAGCCAAACUUGCCCAUUUCCACAAGAUACGUGAUUCGCGAAAGGAGCAGGAAGUUUCCUCUGAUGACGAGAGUGAUUCCGCUGGAGAAGAGGAAGAAAAUAAAGAAGGAGGAGGAGGAGGAGAAAAAGAAUCCGCAAAAACAACGCUAUUUCCUAGGAUUCGUACAAAGCCCAAAUGGCAUAAAAAGAUUGUGCCCGGUAUAUCGUCAUUCAAUAAUGCCCCAUAUAAAAUAGGGAACCACCACUUGGCCAAGUUGCUUGCAAGAGCUAGCAAAAUUGUUCCCAAAUCGCAGCAUUUUCGCACACCAAUCUUUCUCCAUGCAACCGCGGGGAUGAGAUUGCUACCUCCAACGGAACAACAACAAAUCUUGAAUGAAAUCUGCAAGUUUUUCCAAAACCAAUCUGAUUUCUUCAUGCCCGAUUGCGCAUCUCAUGUGAAUGUCAUUGACGGAGACUACGAAGGGCUAUACGGAUGGCUAUCGAUAAACACCUUGAUUGGCGCGUUUGAUCAACCGGAAAAACACCAGCACGGCAAGAACCACACGACUUAUGGGCUAUUGGACAUGGGCGGUGCCUCGACUCAAGUUGUGUUUCAACCCAACUCGACGGAAAUCGAAGAGCACCAAAAUAACCUCUAUCACAUCAUUUUAAGGAAAAUCCCAGCACUAAACCUGCUGGGAAAAAAAAUCAACUUUGAUGAACCACAGCUAAAAGAGUUCAAUGUUUAUUCCGACUCCUUUUUGGGGUUUGGCAUGUUUCAAGCCCGGUCAAGAUACUUGAGCUCUCUUGUGGCUUCGGAUGACAAAGAGUAUCAGUACCACUACUGGGGCAGAACCAAAUCUCCAAUGAACGACCCUUGUAUCCCAAAAGGCUUUACCACAACUGAAGUCGUUGGAGACCUGUCGUAUGAUUUCAUUGGCGAGUCGAAUUUUGAAAAAUGCUUGACAAACAUCUUUCCAGUCUUGCAGAACUCAACGCACGGCGGGGCGCCAAAGGCUAAUUGCAAGCAGUUUAGCGAAAUUGACGAGACAAGCGAAUGCUUGUUGAAUGAGUUGAUCCCUUCGUUUGACUUUGACGUCAACCAUUUCAUUGGCGUCAGUGGGUAUUGGGACGCCAUUAAUGCGCUAUUAUCGCAGCGAGAAAAGCGAGACGGGCAAGACGAUCAAAAAAAUGAUUAUGACUACCAAACGAUUUUCAACAAGACUCAAAAAGUAUGUUCUCAGUCAUGGUCUACUCUACUAGAAUUGAAUAUGCAGAAAAAGGAGAGGAAGCGAUUAUCAGAGGAGGAAUUGUCCCAACUAUGCUUCAAGGCCUCGUGGAUAUUGAAUUUCUUACAUCUAGGCCUCGGGUUCCCACGAUUUGGUAUUGAUAACCCGAGUCCAGAAACCAACAAGGGGUUUCAGACAUUGCAGUUGGUUGAAAAAUUGGACGGUUCGGCUUUUUCUUGGGCGUUGGGAAGAGCAAUGCUAUAUGCAAACGACGAGUAUAUCCAGGCAUUCAACAAUUACACUGCACUGGUUGAUGAGAGCAAGAGCAGUGUGCGAAUUCAAAGACCAGGCUUUUUCCACAGCCCUUCUGAAGCCCUUUACCAAUUCGGAGCUGAGCAGAAUAACAUUGCAGGCAGACCACCGUAUGAGCCAUUUGACGAAACAAAGACAUACCACUACUACGAUUACGAAAAAUACAAUGACGCAAACGAUGAUGACGAGCUGAAAUGGAACAUUGAGCCACACAGGUGGUACGGAAUGAUUGUGUUUGGCUUGUUGUUGGGAAUCGUCGCGUGGUUGAUGAUAGGCAGUCGAAGGAGACAGUUGUUUGUGACAAAAGUGACGACUGCUUUCAGAAAGCUAGUUCGAAUGACUCCAGGUUACAACGGAGCCAAGUAUUCCUCUGUGCCACCUGGCGACGCGGAAAUGGCAUUUGAGUUGGGAGAAUUGGACAAAGACGAUGAAAAUGAGGAUGAUAAUAAUAAUGAUGAUGAUGAUGACGACGACCGGUUCAGAAUAAGCGAUGACGAAGAGGAAGGGCAAUUGACUCACCACUCUUGA